AGACGGGUUGAGGGACCAUCUCCACGCGGCCGCUUUGUCGGGGGUGGGACUAGUGGUCGUUGUUGAGGAAGGCUGACUGUCCUACUAACGUUACGAUCUUACAGGUAGAUAGAUAUAUGUUAAAGAAUCUCACAGGUCAAUAACUUUGGCUUGUUUAAAUCAUGGUUCAAUUUCAAAGGUAUUGGCUGAAAAACCUUAUCCUGCAGAGUCCGUACUGUCGGGGAGUUCUACCAUCGAGAAAAAGUUAUAUCCCUGAGUUCUCAUUUUGCCUUAUGAUUGGACAACGAUGCGCUGGAUACAGUACCACAUCAGGGAUCCCUGGUGUGAGAGAACGUACUCUAGUUGCAGUGAAACCAGAUGGGGUCCAGCGGCGCCUUGUGGGGCAGAUCACACAACGCUUUGAACAGAAAGGCUUCAAACUGGUGGGCCUGAAGAUGCUCCAGGCACCAGAGGAGCAGCUCUCUCAGCAUUACCAUGAGUUAAGGAGGAAGCCAUUUUACCCCAGUCUCCUGCACUACAUGACCUCUGGUCCCAUAGUUGUUAUGGUGUGGGAGGGUUAUAAUGUGGUCCGGACAUCCCGGAUCAUGAUAGGAGACACUAACCCAGUCGAGGCCCAAGCAGGCACCGUUCGAGGGGACUUCAGCAUUCACAUCAGCAGAAAUGUGGUCCAUGCCAGUGAUUCAGUAGAGGGGGCUCAGAGGGAGAUCCAGCUGUGGUUUCAUCAAAAGGAACUGAUGGAUUGGGACUGCUGUGACCACAGUAGUACCUACCAGAUAUGAGAAAGAGAUUGUAGGCAGAGAUAGAAAGAGAGAGUGAAGCAUUUCAUUAUACUGUUGUAUCCUGUGCAUGUGACAAUGAAACUUGAAAGAGUGAAGAAGGUAGAACGACCAAUAGGAAUAGUGGCUCCAUAACCAUACCUACCUCUUUGUGUCUUGCUUGCAACAGUGUCCCACGUGCAAUACUCAUCCCUCUCCAUCGUGGGUGGCUCCAAUACCCCUAAGCCUCUCAGCUACUAUUAUAGUGUUCGGUCCCCACCAUAUGUACAGUGCGUUCAGAAAGUAUUCAGAGCCCUGGACUUUUUCCACAUUUUGUUACGUUGUAGCCUUAUUCUAAAAUGAAUGAAACAGUUUUUUCCUCCUCAUUCAUCUACACACAAUACCCCAUAAUGACAAAGCAAAAACAGGUUUUUAGAAAUGUUUGCAAAUGUACAAAAUAUAAAAAGCUGAAAUACUACAUUUUACAUAAGUAUUCAGACCCUUUACGCAGUACUUUGUUGAAGCACCAUUAGCAGCAAUUACAGCCUAGAGUCUUCUUGGGUAUGACGCUACAAGCUUGGCACAUGUGUAUUUGGAGAGUUUCUCCCAUUAUUCUCUGCAGGGUUUCUCAAGCUCUGUCAGGUUGGAUGGGGAGCGUCGCUGCACUGCUAUUUUCAGGUCUUUCCAGAGAUGUUCGAUGGGGUUCAAGUCCGGGCUCUGGCUGGGCCACUCAAGGACAUAAAGAGACUUGUCACAGUCUGAACCUGCUCCAGAGCACUCAGGACCUUUCAUCAAGGAUCUCUCUGUACUUUCCUCCGUUCAUCUUUCCUUCGAUCCUGACUAGCCUCCCAGUGCCUGCCGCUGGAAAAACAUCCCCACAGCAUGAUGCUGCCACCACCAUGCUUCACCGUAGGGAUGGUGACAGGAUUCCUCUAGGCGUGACGCUUGGCUUUCAGGCCAAAGAGUGCAAUCUUGGUUUCAUCAGACUAGAGAAUCCUUUUUCUCAUGGUCUGAGAGUCCUUUAGGUGCCUUUUGGCAAACUCCAAACGGGCUGUCAUGUGCUUUUUACUGAGGAGUGGAUUCCGUCUGGUCACUCUACCAUAAAGGCCUGAUUAGUGGAGUGCUGCAGAGAUGGUUGUCUUUCUGGAAGGUUCUCCCAUCUCCACAGAGGAACACUGGAGCUCGGUCAGUGACCAUCAGGUUCUUGGUCACCUCCCUGACCAAGGCCCUUGUCCCCUGAUUGCUCAGUUUGGCCAGCAGCCAGCUCUAGGAAGAGUCUUGGUGGUUCCAAACUCCUUACAUUUAAGAAUGAUGGAGACCACUGUGUUAUUGGACCUUCAAUGCUGCAUAAUCUUUUUUGGUAACCUUUCCCAGAUCUGUGCCUCAACACAAUCCUGUCUCUGAGCUCUAUGGACAAUUCCUUCAACCUCAUGGCUUGGUUUUUGCUCUGACAUGCACUGUCAACUGUGGGUCCAUAUAUAGACAGGUGUGUGCCUUUCCAAAUCAUGUCCAGUCAAUUGAAUUUACCACAGCUGUAGAACCAUCUCAAGCAUGAUCAAUGGAAAUAGGAUGCCCCUGAACUCAAUUUCGAGUCUCAUAGCAAAGGGUCUGAAUACUUAUGUAAAUAAGGUAUUUCAGUUUUUAAUAAAUGUGCAAACAUUUCUAAAAACUUGUUUUCGCCCUCAUUAUGGGAUAUUGUGUGUAGAUUGAGGGGAAUAUAUAUAUAUAUAUUUUUAGAAUAAGGUUGUGUAAAGUAACAAACUGGAAAAAAGGAAGGGGUCUGAAUACUUUCUGAAUGCACUCUAUUUGGACAGUGAAAUGAAAAUGUUAAUUUUGGCUCUACUCCAGCAUUUUGGAUUUGAGAUCAAUCAAAUUAUCAAUAUUCCAGAAUGUUAGGUUAUUUGAGGGUGUUUUCAUGCUUAUCUGUUUUACCAUUUAGACAUAUAACAGCAUUUUAUAUAUUAAGUACUCCGAUUUGAAGAAGUAUUUGGGCAAAUUCACUUAUAGUGUAGUCUAAAUGUUAGUAUUUGGCCCCUUAUCACUUGGAUUCAAUGACUUCAUCAAGCUUGUAACUUUACAAACUCAUUCGCUGCAUUUGCAAUUUGUUUUUGGUUUAUUAUGGGACAUGUCUUGCCCAAUAUUAACUGAAUGGGUGCCGUCAUUUUAUUUCUAAAUGAGCUGAGAAGAUGUUUCUGAAAACUUCCAAAUCCAUGCUGUAGCUGCCAUGAUUUCUGAAAAUUAAUUAUCACGGUGUAUUACACACUACAAUUAUGCAGUACAGUGUAGUCAGUAAGAAUUUUAGCAUUUACACUGGUGGGCACGGUUGGCAAUAAAUUCAUAAAACCAAAAGCUUACCAUGACUUGAAAGAGUUCCAGUUUUGGAUAGCCAGCUAGCUAACCCUCUCCGUCUUUGAGUAGGCUAAACAAGCUGCAUUCGCUAGGUAAGUGAAACAAAAACUAAAUAUAGAUUUCUCUCUCGCUUCUCCUUCAUUUUUGAAGAAAUUAAUUUGUUUAAAACUGUUCAACUAUUGUCUUUCUCUCUUUGAGUCAACUACUGCACAUUUUAUGCACCGCAGUCUUCGCUAGCUGUAGCUUGUGCUUUCAGUACUAGAUUCAUUCUCUGAUCCAUUGAUUGGAUGGGCAACAUGUCAGUUUCUGCUGCAAGAGCUCUGAUAGGUUGGAGGAUGUCCUCCACUAGUUGUCAUAAUUACUGUGUAAGUCUGUGGAAGGGGGUGAGAACCACGAGCCUCCUAGGCUUUGUAUGUAAGUUAAUGUACGCAGAGGAGGAUGCAAACUAGCUAUCCUCCGGCAACACCAUUGUGCUACCCUACGGAGUGCUGCUGAGGCUACUGUAGACCUUCAUUGCAAACAGUAUGUUUUAAAGAAUUAUUUAGGAUAGUUUUAUCUAAAAAGUAUAACUUAUUAAAUGUUUCACGAUUGACAUUUUUCUGAAAUUCACUGAGGUGGUCUUCCCCUUACACCAGUGGGGGCUCCUCGGAGAAAUAUCAUCUUUGUGCCUCUAACUUUGUCAUUAUUCAUGAUUCAUUUUAUUUGACCUUUAUUUAACCAGGCAAGUCAGUUAAGAACAAAUUCUUACUUUCAAUGACUGCCUAGGAACAGUGGGUUAACUGCCUGUUCAGGGGCGGAACGACAGAUUUGUACCUUGUCAGCUCGGGGGUUUGAACUUGCAACCUAUCGGUUACUAGUCCAACGCUCUAACCACUAGGCUACCCUGCCGCCCCAUGAUUUGUUUAUGAUCCUGAAAACAUCCAAAUUAAUGUAAGAUUUUAAAACAAAGCCUUAUAUUUUCACUUCCAAAAGGUGAAUCCAAAAUGACACCCGACCAUCAUUCAACAUUCAGUUACUAUUGGGCAAGACAUGACCCAAAACGCGCCCAAAACAACCCGCAAAUGCAUCCAAAACAUUUGUAGUCACAAGCUUGAUGUAGCCAUUGAGUGCGGGGGACUAGAUACAUAAAAUGCUUUUAUGUCUCAAUAGUAAAACAGAUAUGUAUGAAAAUAUCCUCAUAGAAAAAAAUUGAUCUCAAAUCUAAAACGCUGAGUACAGAGCCCAAAUAAAUAAAUAAAAUGUAGCUUCACUGCCCAAAUAUGUGGUGAGGACUGUAUGUUGGACUGUAUGUUGUUGAGUUGCAAACGCAUAUUUUCAAAGCCUGCCCUCGUCACUAUACAUGUGGUAAAGACGUCAAUAGAAUGCGACGCACGUGUCCCCCCCCCCUGUGGGGAUAGAUCCAGAAUCCCCUCAUUGCCAGCCAUCAAAAUGUGCUUACAUUUCGGCUAUUGUUUAUAUGUGUAUUUAAUAACUAUGUUGAGGUAAAAAUCUGAGUAUAAUGAUUGUGUUGAUUUUAGCCCCAAUGUAUGUUCAUGUCAUCAUCACCAAUCAACUGCAUUACAGUUAAACGGCCUCAUAUGCCACCACCGAAAAACAGUCAGAUAUAAAAAUAUAUAUACAUGUUUUAGUAAGCACAUUGUUGGCCUGUUAGAACAUAUGAAUCAUGACAGAUUUGAUGAGUUUACACUUUGUUAGAUAAGCUUUUUUGAAUGGACGCCAAUGAUGGUUUCCUUCUAUUACCUACGGUCUGCUUUUCAUCGAUCUCUUUACCGCAUGUAUAAAGCGACUAAUUGCCACAGAUACUCUAUCCCAGGGGUGUCAAACUCAUUCCAUGCAGGGCCGAGUGUCUGCUGUUUUUUGUUAUUUUCUUUCAACUUGUGUAAGACCAGGUGAGGGGAGUUCCUAAUCAGUGACCUUGGUCGUGUACCCCUUGCUCAGACGUUGCAUGCAUCAACCAAUGGUUGCGUUCCACGUUGUCGACUGUGCCGUCGGGCACAAGAUUGCUAUAACAUAUGUGGUUAGCUGAUGCAUCAAAUAUCUAUCCAGGCAUUGUAAGAUAUGAUAUGGCAUGUUAGAUAUGUCAUGUUUGAUAUGGCAUGUAUGAUAUGUCAUAUAUAUACAGUGCCUUGCGAAAGUAUUCGGCCCCCUUGAACUUUGCGACCUUUUGCCACAUUUCAGGCUUCAAACAUAAAGAUAUAAAACUGUAUUUUUUUGUGAAGAAUCAACAACA